AUAGAGAUUAGGCGAGUGGGGAUCGAGGACAAAUGAAAUGCACACGAGCAUAAGUAUUACAUGUGGGAAAACAUUUCCCCCUUUCACUUCGGCCGCCGCUCGGCGAUUGCUGAGAGGACCCAGCGGAUUGGAUAGUGACUACCAACUGCGAGAAGAAGCCUUACACGCCGUCUAGCGUACUUUGUCGUCGUCUUGGAUCCAUGGGUUACCGACAUGUCUCGCCGUUCGACACCCAUGGCUCCGCCGACUAGCCAGGACGAGUUGACCACCACACUUUUCGGUGCGAUUGAAUCUUUAUCGCAAGUCAGAAAAGCAAACUUCUUGCUGGAAAAUGCUCUGUCGUUGAUACAGGCCGGACAGUAUGGCGAGGAGGUCGAGAAAUAUCUCGACGUCUACUUGCGUACACCAGGCCUUGGAAAUGAGGAUGUAGCCAGGGCCUUACUUGCACGAGGCAAUGCGAGGAAGUCUGCCGGUGAACGACUUCUUGCGAAGGCCCAGCAAGACUUUCAAGCGGUUGCGAAGCUGGACCCUUCCAAUCGUGAACUACAGGUCUAUCUUCGAGGAGAGAACAUGAUUCAUUUCCAGUGCGAACCUGCUUCACAACGUGCUCCACCCGAAAUAUGGGAACGAAUAGCGCGAUUCAUUCCCCGAUAUCAUCUUCGCACCUGGUUCUUUGUCUCGGCCUUUCACAGGAAUAUUGCCGUACGAAUUAUAUUUCACACUCUCGACCUCUACUUUGGUGAAGACCAAGACAAUGUCCGAGAGAACCUGAAUCGAGGCCUUGACAUAUUCGAUAGAGUCAAGGCUGACCCGGUGUUUGCGAGCCGUAUCAGAAUCCUUCGACUGCAUUGGGCGUACGAGGAAGGUGAUAUGCUCGAUCUCAUGAUCCGUAUGUUAUUCCUGCACACUUCUAUCCGUCCAGUCUGGAAACUAUCUAUCGUAGGUAUCUUCCGUAAUGCCCUUCCCUUUUUCAAAAGCCUUCAGGAAUUCGAGUGGAUUGGAUACCCGGAAUUACGCGCAGAUAUGGUGAAAGCCAUUCAUGCCAGUCAUCCUCACCUGCAUUCACUUGGUGCCAUUGGUUGGCAUUUUGAUGCUAUUGGUGUAAGCAAGUUUGGUAACCUUCGCAAGUUCACUCUUCGAGCAGAAGACGAUGAUGGCAUGGCGGACAUGGGCGAAGUUCGUAUGGUUUUGGAUCAGAAUGAACGUACUCUUCGACACCUUACCCUGGGAGCGUACCUACAACGUGAUCAUUCUUGGGACGGCGCUUUUCAGUCGGUCACUAUUCGCAGCCUCACACAUCUGGAUCUAGUUGACACAAGAAUAUCGCAUGUCGUGUUGGCAAGAAUCGCACAUGCGCACAGUCUACAGAGUCUCACGCUUCAUGGAACAUUCGAAGAGCCGACUUCAGCAAGCGUCGUCUUUGGAAGCGACCAUAUCAUCGACGGGAAGCACACUUUCUUGCCUCAUCUUGAGGCAUUCAGGUUCGUUACCGUAGGCCACGAUGACGAUCUCGGCCUCUUCCAGAGUGUCACCCAGUUUCUUAGAGGUCGAUCGAAAUUGAGACGACUCGACCUCGGGAAUUGUCCUUGGGAGUUGGUGUCGAGCGUGUUACCCGAUCUCAAGAGUUUGCGAGUGCUCAGAGUACGGAUCGCGAACCUCACCAAUGCGGCGCUGAAGGCUUUAUUAAAGAACAUACCGAAAGAAAUGGUCGCCGUUCAUCUCACUGUCAUGGUUUCUGACAAACCUCUCGUAAGUCCUACCUCUAAACCGUUCACUACACAUGCUAAAUCCACGAUAGCAUGAAUAUGCCCCAGGCUUUCGCAUAUUUCCUUCUCUCAGCAUUCUCCACCUUCAUGGCCAAAAAACAUCUAGACCUCAACCGAACCUGCUCUCCGAAAAAGACUUCUUGACACAAACGGAACUCUGGAUGUCCAGCGCUCGAAGUAUUGCCGUCGGUCUGCCUUCAUUAGACUUCAUUGGAUGGCAUGGGGAGCAUUAUGUUGUGGUGAGAGGCGUAGGUGAGAAGGGGAAAGCGGUGGAGUUGAAAGAGCUUCCGGUGAGAAGGCGGCUGGAUUGUGGGAAAGGGGUGGAUCUUGGCGGAGAGGAUGCGACUUGGUUGGAGAGAAAGGACGUACCGAUGGAUUAUGAACGGUCUGGGCUAGAGACAUAAAAUAGUUGUGUGACGUGAUUCUUCAAUGAUAGAUGAUGAGUAUCUCGUAUACUUCGGAGCUGCAAAUAAUCCGUUAGUCAAGGUCAUCCUCCCUGAGUGUGGAGCUAGCUCCUACUACUAAGCACUACAAUAGUGGUAGCCCUAUCCGCUCACUAUUUCAGUGCUCUACUUUAUGAAUGUACU